AUGGAGGUUUUCGGGAGCUUUGUCCGGCCCCACGGAGAGACCUUGGGGUUCCCAGCAGCUCGCCCCGGUAACACGGGUGUGGUGAAGACCCUGGGGAAUACCUAUCAGUUCACGGUAGACGUCAGCGACUUCGCGCCCGAGGACAUCAUCGUUACCACUUCCAACAACCAGAUCGAGGUGCACGCCGAGAAGUUGGCUACGGAUGGCACAAUCAUGAACACCUUCACCCACAAGUGCCAGCUGCCCGAAGACGUGGACCCCACGUCCGUGUCGUCCUCGCUGGGGGACAACGGGAUGCUGACCAUCCGGGCUCAGCGCCGGCCGGCCAAGCACUCCGAGCACGUCCAGCAAACCUUCCGGACUGAGAUCAAGAUCUGA